GCCGUACACCGCGUUUCGUUGCCGACCGGGUUUUUCGUAUAGUAGUGCUCCGUCUAGUUUUUUUUUUUGUUUGCGAUGUCAGAAAAACGAAAGAGACAUGAUUUUAGUGACUCCGACAGUGAUCAAUUGGAAAAUUGCAAGAUUAAAAAAGGUCCAACGUUCUCUAUCCCCCAGAGUGAUGUUUUUACCACGCCUGACCACUCGGACGACGACGAUGUGCCGUUAUCAGUUUUUGCGGCCAGGAAUGCUGAUGCCGUGGAUUCCGAAGUUGUAUACUCAUGCAUAACCAACAUCACUACAAUUGAAGAUGAGGGAAGUUCAACUCUAGAUGCUAGUAUACUAGCUCUUCUGGGAGAUGAAAAACCAUCUGCAGACGUGCUUGGACCAAGUAUUCAUGUGGAUCUAGCUAGCAGAUGGUCAUUUAUUUUAAGUAACGGGUUAAGUGAGGCCUCGGUCAAUACCUUGCUCAAAAAAUAUACACCUCCUGAAAACUGCCCACUUUUAAAAGGCCCUUGUAUCAAUCCAGAAGUUGCCUCAGCUAUUAGCAAACAAGUGGCUCAUAGAGACUCAAACUUCAGUGGGCUUCAGAACCAAAUAGAAGCUGCACUGUCAGCAUUGGGUCAGCUAGCAUCAGCAAUAGUGUCUGAAGAAGGGGCGGGGAAUCUGGCUUAUGUUGAAUUAGCUAGUGAUGCUAGUAGAUUACUGUUAGAUUUUAAUCGCAAAUACUCUGUAAUCCGUAGAGAUUUAUUGAUGCUGAAUUUACGUAAAGUUCUAAAAGAACGGAUGGUUGUUUGGCAAGGAUCUCGGUGAGCAAAUAACAGCUACCAAGGAUAUAGAAAAAUCUGGUUUGGACUUGAAACCUGCUAGGGUAUCUAAACCUAGUACUUCAUUUAAACAACCUGCCAAACAGGUUCCGGUAAACUUUUACCGUCCACCUCGUCGAACACAAAAGGGAAGCGGUCGAGGUGGGCGGCCGAUAAAGUUUCCAAAUCCCUCUCAGUCGUUUCAACAAAGGCCUCACCAAACUCGGAGAAGAACCUCGGACCAGGAUCGUCCUCGUCGACAGGACUUACGUCAAUACCACAAACAGGGUCGAUAGGUCAGAGCGAGCGAUAAGUUUACAUUGAAAAGUCUACUCCACUCAUGGAUAUGAAACAAAUAUUAUUACCGUCACAAGCCAAGACAAAAUCACUGACAGUUCGAAACCAACUCUCGUGAUAAGACAACAUUCACACAAAGAAGCAAAGUAUGCACAGUACUUACACACAAUAUGAUGCCAUGUUUGCCAAUAUCACAUCAUUAUACUCCACGAACUGGCGACGUUUAAACUCUCUUGAUAUUUUGUGAACGAGAGAAUCAGAGUAUAUAGUACAUAGCACAAAAUAGGGUAUCUGCCUGCUGCCAUUUACGCUUAAUUG